AUGACUGUCCCCCACAAUACGGUCGAGACCAUUCGCAAGGCCUCAUGGCAAGAAACAUUCCAGACGUUCUUUCUGUGGAUGUGUACACCAUUGGGGGCUUGCAUCACAAUUUACGGUCUGAAUGUGGUAGCAUGGGGUGGGAUGCUCUUCCUCUUGAUGUGCAACGCAGCGCCCGCCAUGUGUCAUCCAAGCUGCAAUAGCCUUGACUCAUCACGUCGGAUUUGGAUUGAGAUUGAUUCCCAAAUCCUGAAUGCACUAUUCUGCGUCACUGGAUUUGGGCUAGCUCCGUGGCGUAUCCGUGACCUUUAUCAAUGGUCUUUCUGGCGAUUGGGCUGGUCCGAAGGGCGUCGACGGAAAGGGCUCAACCGCCUGGAAGAGAUUCAUAAGAACUGGUUCGUGAAAUUUCAAGAGCCAAGUGUGCUUCCUAUCAAAACUCAGCAGCAUUAUCCAGCGGCUGAACAGGCCACACCUACCCCGUUAUGGAAAAUGGAUGUUGUGGUGUGGGGUAAUUUCCUUAAUACAGUCUUUCAGGUCUGCUUGGCUGUUUGCAUGUGGGCAAUGAAUCGUUUCGACAGGCCAAGUUGGACAACUGGUCUUUUCGUCGGUCUUGCUUGUGUUGUUGCCGGAGCUGCUGGAAUUUUGAUGUGGUUGGAGAAGAAACGCGUCAAGAAAGCCAGCGAGCACCCCGGUGCUCUUCUUUUGAUCCCUCGUGCUACGCAAUCUAUUCUACCCGGAAUCAAGGGCGGCGAUUAUACAUCUGUAAGCCGGAAUCAUGAGCUCGCAUAG